UAUGCGAUUUGCAGCAAGGGUCUGGUGUAUCUUCUUGUUCGUAGAGACCGAAGCUCAUUACAGUAUUUUCCGAGGACGGCUUUAGCCUAAAACCAAACUUCGUCAGAGGUACCUUGGAGCAGUAGCAGCGUCCACUAGAGGGCAAUAUAUUUAAAUCCCUUGUUUGUGCGGCUCACUGUCAGUUGUGAGGCUUGUUCUUCUUGCCACAGACAAGUGUUAAAAGAACGCGAGUUUUUAGAGAGCUAGGUGGCACCAUAGAGUGUUUUGGAAUCAUAUAGUAGAAUUCAGUGGGUGGCACACUAGGUCAAAAUUAACUUGGACAAUAAAUAUCAGGCUACAGAAUGUUCCAGUUUCUGGUUGGUUUCACAUUUGGAAAUUUAGUCGGAAUGUAUCUUGCACAGAACUAUGAGCUCCCGAAUAUUUCAAAGAAGAUCGAAUACUUCAAAAAAGACCUGGAAGCAAAGAGAAAACCCCCAGAGUGAUGGAGAAAGGAGAACAUAUUUAAGGCACUUGUAUCAACACUCAGGAGGGAGCGGAAUGAAGGAGGACACCUAGUGUGCAGGAUAUGGUUUUUGCCUAAUGUUCGACCAUCUGAGUCUAUGGCUGAAACACGGCUUUCAUAGGGAAAAAGUAACUAAAGAUGGAACACUGAGGUCUAAUUUGUAUUAUAUGGACCAUUUCUUACAGACCUAGCUGCUGUAAGUGUUCUGUCAUAACUUUUAUAUGGCCUUCAAAUGUAAAAGUAAAUUAAAGAAAUGAUAUAAAAUGGGGUACGACAACAUUUUUCAGAUUUGUGGUUGCUAUUAGAAGCUAUGCGGAGUAAAUUGGGAAAAUUGUGGGGUUAUUUUUUAUAUUUGCUUUUGCACAAUUUAAAAGUUAAUAUUGUACUGCCAAGGAGAUGAGCUGAUGUUUAAAGUAAUUGCCAAAAUCUUAUUUUAAACCUCUUAUUUGGAUAAACAGUUUUGCUGCUGUCAGUUGUUUUGCUAUUAGUGGAAUAAAGCAUUUAACCUGCA